UACUUUAUAGUAGGUAGUUGGGUCAGAUCACAACCACUAGAACGGUGGGGUGAAGGCUGUUCGACCUGCCUGUCGGUCGGCCAGCACACCAAUGUAUCUACGAGAUGGAAGCUCACAGACCCGAGGACUCAAUUGCGGAACUCCUGACCACUUAUAAUGAGCUCAAUUCUUCUCAUAUUGAGGAGCUCGACGAGGAGCCAAGUCCCCUAGAGUUUAUGCGCUAUGUGGCGCGCAAUACACCCUUCGUGGUGCGGCGUGGCGCACAGGAUUGGACGGCUACGCGAACGUGGAACGCUGCGUAUUUGCGCUCAACACUGGCUGGCCACAAUGUGAAUGUUGCAAUCACGCCGUAUGGGAAUGCAGAUUCGCCCACAUUAGAUGGCCAAGGACAUCUCGUUUUUGCAAAGCCGCAUGAAGAAGACCACGAGUUUAGCGAGUUUCUUGAGUUCUUGACACGGCAGGAAAAGACAAUUUCACCUGAUACUGAGGAUGAAGUACGAUACGCGCAAACUCAAAAUGACAAUCUGCGGCACGAGUAUAUAACGCUCUUUUCACAGGUGGAGAAGAGUAUAGCAUUUGCACGAAUUGCGCUGGAGCGAGAUCCCGAUGCUAUCAACAUGUGGAUCGGCAAUUCGCGCUCCGUGACCGCAUUGCACAGGGACAACUAUGAGAAUAUCUACGUCCAGAUCGCGGGGUGUAAACACUUCGUGCUCCUACCCCCGCUCUUCCAGCCUUGCGUGAACGAGCAAGAUCUUGAGCCAGCCACGUAUGUUCGCACAAAAAGGGAAGAUGCGACGGGGAAUCUCGUCCUGCGUAUGGACGAAGCAUCAGACGGGAAUGGGGAUCAGGUACCGAAAGUCCCCUUUGCUCUCUGGGACCCCGAUGCGCCUGAGGUGCGCGCGACGUCGUACUCGCAUCUCGCUGAGCCCAUGCGAGUAACACUUGAACCUGGAGACAUGCUCUAUCUUCCGGCUAUGUGGUACCAUAAAGUGUCGCAAUCCUGCUCAGAAGAUGGAAUCUGUGUCGCUGUUAAUUAUUGGUAUGAUAUGGAGUUCAGUGGGCCCCUAUAUUCACUUUGCUCAUUUGUCCGAAACAUGAACCUGUCGAGCCGUAAUCCGAUGAGCGCAUGAUAAUAAAUGAAGAGCCAAAAUUGUACACGUAGUAGCAAGCUUGAAAGAGGCCCUUGUAUAAUCAAAUAGAGGCGUAAGUACAUUCUCAUUAUAAGUCAGACUGCUACUAUCUGUUGGCUGUAGAGCCGGCUUAUACCAUACAAACAAA